AUGGAAUUGUUAAAAAUAAUUAUAAAAUUUUUUUUAAAAUUAAGAGUUCAAAUUUUAGUUUUAGGUUUAAUUGCUUGGGCUGUUGCAUUCUCGAUUGACAGAACAUUGGUCGAAGAUUAUAGAAAUAAAAGUGAUGAUAUUUUUACAAAUGAAAAUAAUUUUAAAAUGGUUCGUACAAAUAGAGAGAGUGCAGCAUUUAUAAUAUUAAGUAUUUUUGAAACUGGGUUAUUCGGACUUGGUAUUGGAUUUUUUGUAUCAUUAGGAUUUAGAGUUUUUAAAAUUAAAAAUAAAAUGUUAAGAAAAAGAAUGAUAUGGUGUUGGGCUGCCAUUAGUUACUUUUGUGUAACUUGGUGGCCACAUUCAACUUCUCAUUUCUUAAUUUUAACAACUGGUAGAUCACCAAUUGAUAAUUAUAUAACAAUGGAAACUACUUUCCAUUGGACACUUACAUUUUGUUCAAGUACUUUAGCAUAUUUUCAAUAUGAUUUAAUUCAAUUAAUGAGAGAUGUUGCAAUUAUGAGGAAAAGAAUGGUAGCAAGUGGAAAGGAAGAAGUUGAUCCAUUAAAACAAGAAUGGUAUAAGAAUUAUCAUUAUCAUUCAAUUGUGAUUGCAAUUAUAGUUUUAGCAAUAGCAAUACCUGUUGCAUUUCAUUUUGAUCCACUUACAGAUAAAUUAGAAAGAUAUCAAAGAUUCUUUUAUGUAACAUUUCAUAUUGUAAAUUCAGCAGUUGCAGCAGUUGGUUUUGCAUUUGCAUAUGCCGUUACUAGAACGAUUUUACUUUUACCUCCAUCACCCGGAAGAAAAGUUUCAAUAGUUUCUUCCCUUGCAAUUACAUUUUUAUUUAUAAUUCAAUAUAUUCAUCCAAUGGUACAUGUAAAAACUAAACCAAGUAUGAAAAAUACAAUUGCAAUUGAUUUUGGAUUUCAUGUACCAAUUGUUUUGGCAACUGGAAUUUUAGCAUUUUAUCAAUUUAGAAUGAUGGAAUUAGCAACUGAUGAUAAAUCUUCACUUUCAAUAGCAGUUAGAAUGAGAAGUGAUUCAAAAUCUGCUUCAAAAGGUUCAUCUUUAAAAUCUGCUGAUAAUGCUUCACAAUCACAAUCUUCAAAUUCUUUCUCAACAAGUAUUCAAAUUGAUCAUUUAAAAACAAAAACUCCUCCUAUUGAUGAAUCAAUUAAUAAUAGUUCAAUAGAAAUGAAAGAUUUAGAAACCAAUUCAAAAGAUAAUAAUAUUUCAAUUUGUAUCGAAAAAGAAUAA